GCCAAGGCAGGGCGUUAAGACUGGGUCUCUCUCAGAAGGGAUCCUGCAGAUGCACGCAGCGGGAGCUGCACCUCGUGCCAGGACUUUACUUUGCUGUGAUACUCAGAAAAUUCUUUGUGGAAACCUUGACAUUAAAUAUUGGGAUGUACUGAGGAUGAGGACAUAAAAUACCCCGCGUGCUCCUCCAUCAACGUGUAUUUCAGAGGGAGUUUUUUUGGCCGCCGCAUGAGUACGUCCUCGCCCGGCGAUGGCCUCGCAGCCCCCGCCGGCAUGGGUGCUGCUGCUCGGCUUGUUGGCCGGCUGCCUGCCAGCCGGGCAACCCAGGGACUUCACCGUGAAGGACAUCGUCUACCUCCACCCUUCCACCACACCGUACCCUCACGGAUUUAAGUGUUUCACCUGCGAAAAGGCAGCAGAUAAUUACGAAUGCAACCGAUGGGCUCCGGAUGUCUAUUGUCCAAGAGGUACAAGAUACUGCUUUAGCCAACACAUGAUGAAAGUUACUGGAGAGAGUGUAUCUGUCACCAAACGCUGUGUGCCGUUAGAGGACUGCCUAUCUACGGGAUGCACAUAUGUAAAGCAUGAAGAAUACAAGAUCUGCACCUCCUGCUGCGAAGGGAGCAUCUGCAACCUGCCCCUCCCGCGGAACACCACCGACGCCGUGUUUACAACCCUCUCCCCCCUCAACAAAACCCAGCGGCUUUCGCGGCCCGUCCUGCUGACGACGGCGUGCCUCUGGCUGGGGUUGGUGUCGCAGCGCUGGGCGACGCGGCCGUGCUGAGCCGGGGGAGGGGGGAGGACACCGGCACGAUCCCAGGCGUCUUGGGAAGACUGGCUUUCCUCCUUACGCGUUGUUCACGAUGAACUAGUGAGCCUGGGGGGGGUGUGGGUGGGUGUAUUUGAAAGGGGGUGAAGCCAUCGCAUGUUUCUCUACUGUUUUCUGAAGAAACGCAUGCCAAAUAUUCCCAGAAUCCAUGACUGAGACUGAUACAUCUCUUAAUGCCUCUCUUUUCUCCAUGAAGAAAUGUUAUUUAGCAGCACUAUAUCGCUGCCAGCUGCUAUUAUCCUCACUUACGCUUUUGAAACUUUCUUGCAAUUUGUUCGAGCGCUAACUCCGGUGUCUCAUUAACCUGUUUGGAGAACGUGCGGUCAAUAAUAUACAGCCAGUAUGUUUUUGCAGCCUCCCCCUCUGGCAGAGGAAGGGAGUUGGUAGCAAGGCAGCAGGAGCUGGAAGGGAUGAGGUCAAGGGAGCAGCAGCAGCUUGGAUCAGGCCAGCGUCGCGCACAAGAUGCUCCCCCCGAGGUUGUGUGUCCCCCCCCCCACCCCCAACAACAACAACCCACACUGGGAUGGGCAGAAAAUCACUUUGGUUUAUCAACCGAACCAGAAAAACUCUAAAUACUCUGUUCCUGAAGCGUUGACUAGAGGGGGAGGUGGAGGGGUGGUCCCUGGCCCUCCCUCUCGAGGAGGAAGGUGUACGGAGAACUGGUGCCUGCCAAGCCAACGGGUUCCCAGUGUUCUGGGGUUUUACAGGUUUUUCACAUUUUGGCACCCAGUCCUGCAGCACGAGGGAGAGUUGAGCCUGUUAUUUUAUUUAAUGCACUCCCACUACGGAGUAUGGACUAUUACCAGCGACAGCUGUAUUUUGGUGACCUGUGUUGCUUGUUUUGCUCAGAAAUCGUGUAUGCAAUAUUUAUUUUUGUACGUUGAGUAGGAUAUAAAGUGUUUAAAAGAUUCUUAAUACUGAUAUUGCCAGGCAAAAUGGUUGUUUUGCAAGUGGGUAAGCCUGUAAUAUAUAAAUUAUCAUAAAUAUAUAUAUGUGUGUGUGUAACAUUUUGCAUCACUUUUAAAAAAGAAUCAAUUUUGUUUUGCAAGGUCGGUAAGAAAAGCAGGGUGUAGUGGACUUGCUUUAAAGUUAAACCCAACUUUUUGAUAGUUAUUUUGGUUUGAUUUGAAGAAAAAACACCCUGGCCCUAAAUUGUUCUUUUAUGAGCUGAUUUUUGGCUACUCAUGCUCUGAGGUAGCUUGCGCUUUACCCGGUUACAGUAUGCUCGUGCUCUGAAGUGCUUUUUUUGGUGAGUUAUCCGGUGAAACGCAGAUGAACCAUAUGCUUUGUAGAGAGCUCCUAGGGAAUACCAGCAAGCCCUCAUGCAGCAGCACCGUGUCAGAUACCAAUAAUAGCAAGAAAUCUGCAGAUUGGAGCAUGCAAGGUGCUGUCUGGAGCUCACUCCAAAGGCCACAAAACUCUGCUUGUGCUCCAGGGAGUUUUAUCGGCGGCAGAGGAGGAGGAGGAGGAGGACCAAGAGCAGCAUUUGCUCCCAGCUCAGUUUCAGAUGAUUUUUCUGGGGAAGGAGAACAGGCUGGAAGCCUUGGUGUGUUUUGCUGGGUGAUGUUUUUUAAAAAGACAUACAUAUAUCAUGGUGAAAAUUGAACUUCAAGCACCGUUUCUUUCCCAUUUUUAACUUUUUAUCAAAAAGCAAGAUCUUUGCGUGAAAGCUAGCUGACCUCACUCACAGACAAAACCUUGCCUUUUGCUGUCCUUCCAGUUCUUCUGUGACUUGCUCACAGUUUGCUAGUAUUAAGAGGGUAGUUGCAAUCUGUUGCUUUAUGCAAGUUAGACCUAUCUCUGGAGACCCUGAAAAAACCUCCAGCCUUUAUAAAGCCGGUCCCCCUCCUCUGCAAGCUCCCUCGAGCAGAGCUGGGCUCCGGGAGAAUGAGGCGGAGGGGGUUAUGAUGUCUCCGACAGCAAGUUAAAUAUUUGUUGUCAUUAUCCUGUGAAACGGAAGAGUUUAAGUCUAGAAGGACCUUGGCUCAGUGGUUUAGCUGCUCCUGGGGUGGGGGUUAAGCAGGUUUUCUGCACCGGCCGAGCCUUUCGGCAGCACUCGUGUGUCGGAGCGGGGCCGGAUCCAGGACGCGCUCUUUGGGAAGCUGCGUUGGAAAGCCAGGGCGAUGCACGAAGCACGGGAAACCUGGGGUUACUCAGGAACAUCUGGCUCACCUGUCCAACCUGAGGUGGGCCCCAGGCCUGAGCCGUUUUAUUGCGCGUGGGCAGCAGCGGCACCCCGUGGGGAGCUCCCCCCAGCUCACACGCUGGUGGGGGCGGCUCAGCUGGACGUUGGAAGGAUUUACUUUUUGACUUUGGGCCUUGCAUUUGGGAGUCACUCCUGAAGAUACCUAACCGCCACCAAGAAGCAGGUGUUACCUCCCAACCUGAGGUUUCUGGCUGCGUUUUCUGUUUUCUCUGUAUGCCAUCUGCCCCCAUUUCCCAUCUAUUUUUGCAUUUCAUUGUUGUUUAACUAAACCCAACCUGUGGUAUGGUAACUCCGAGCUAGCUAUGUGUAACCGUAUGGGCUGAGCUGCAGGAAUGGCUGAAGUUCUUCAUAAGAUGUUGGACUUUCAGGACCACUACCGGCACACGGAAGGUUUGGUGCCUGCAGUGAGAUGACACGGGCGCCGGUGCCAGCCGGCUCAUCGUGUGCACUAAUAGAUGGGAUCUUCACGCUGUGCUUAGGUGGACCUCACAGACCAGGGACCUUUUUGGGGAGCUGGUAAUGUUCUCUGCCCACAAAGACUGGGAUGCCAUUGAUCAAGUAUAGUUAUUGGCAUUGUAGAGGUAUGAAACCAAGCCCCUUCCACUCCCCCGGUAAUCUGUGGAGGGGAAAAGUGGUAUUUCAGGGGCUGAUUCAUUGCACGCUGAGGUGGAUGGAUAAAUUGUCUCAGCUCAGGCACACGAUGGAUGCACCCAGGAAAAUAGCUCGGCUUUAAGUGCUACCCACCACGCUGUUAUGCCAAGACUGGUCACCAACGUCACCAGCUUGGCUCUGACCAUGACUUUGCUUCAGCUGGAGAAAAAUCCCAGUUGUUGUGCUGUGCUGUGCUGGUGCCUCUCCCCCACUGGUGUGCCAGAGUUGUGCUUGGACUCGAGCCCUGUCCAGCUGAGCUGCUGCCUCCAGCUGUAGUACCAGGAUUACGGACGCUGAGCUUAAAUUUGCAAAUUAAGUUGAUUGAGACCAAGCGGGGAACCUGCACAGGCUCCUCCCCCGGAGCAGCUCGCUGUGCUCCGCCUGCCCGCGGAGCUGUUGGGUUUUUUUUUUUAAAGCACAUAAAUGGUGAGCUGCACCCUAUUUAUUUUUAGGCUCUAUAUAUGUGAUACUGCUUUUAAAUGUCUGAUUUUUUAACUCCUGUAAAUGCUGUACAUUUGUAUAAAUAAAUCUUUUAAAUAUUCA